AUGCUACCUCAAGCUUACGAAGAACAUCCCUACAAACAGCACCCCAUUUUGACGACUGAGAUCAUCAAACAUGCUGAGCGGAAUAACGUACUUGGCCUUUUCAAGAGCGUAGUGAAGGCCGGCUGGCUGUUUGUCCUGUCAGAAGGCGUCGGGCUCACCAUCUAUUUCUCCAUGUCCGCCGUGAUGGACACUUUUGCCAUUUUCUUUAUCAAGGGGGCCAGCGUUUGCGCGACCGUCAAGGCGUGUUCGUUGUACACAAUGGCGGUCGUUACUUUCUUGCCGAAUGUCCUGAUUGGCAGCUGGCUGCAGAAGAAAAUGUAUAACGAGGGCGACUUGCCAACAAAGGCUUUAUUCGUGGUGAUCAUGGCAGUCAUCACCGUGGCAUCAUUCGUGGCACGAAUGUGGCUAGUGUACUCCAAGGGCUAUGUGUCGGUCGUAGACUCGUUGCUCAGCAACACCAGCUCUCACUGGAGAGUCGCGCUGGCUGUGGUGAUUCCCCCAAUGGUCGAUGGCAUUCAAAGUAUGGCGCUCAUCAUGACUGGCAGUCAUGCCAAGCCGCUGCUUAUGGUUAUCCUGGAUACGCAGAAACAGGUUCGCGAGAUGCACACGAUGCUGAAAGAGCAGAACCACCAGAUACACCAGAUGCAAGACCAGUUGAACCGUAUCGCAGAGCAUCUUCAGAUCCCUGUCGUCAUGGACGUGCCCCGGGCCAACGAGGCCGAGCUGAGGUCGGCCACCCGGUCGCAGCCCGCGCCACCAAGCCUCGAUCAACCUGACAAACGCGAGACGUCUUGCUGGUUCAUGUGA